AUGUCGCGUCACAAUAGCGUCGACCUGGACUCCCCCGACCGGCCCUUCGACAACAUUAUCAACUUCCGCGAUGUCGGCCGCUCCAUUAAUCAAUUCUGUCGCAAAGAAACGGAACAUCAAAUGGGCACGCGGAAACGACGCGCAGAAAUCGCCAAGUCAGAAUCAGAACAAGAAAUUUCAGAAUCAGAUCUCACGACAGCACCCGUCCCUGCGAAUCCAGAUGAGCACCUCCUCCAAGUCCCGGGCUCGGAGCGGGCCUUGAUCAGUCUGACGGGCAAAGGAUUUGAAAGAGCCUUAUUAUCCAAAUUGGAUUGGUAUACUUAUUUAAAAGCCAUCAGCCUUGUAACAACAGGCUACCGCAGUGACGCCGUGCGACUCAUCUGCCAAACGGCCAUGGUUCCGCGCGGCCUGAUUGGGUUAGCGCAAGACACGCUCGAAUCCAGCAAAGCAGAAGUGCGCGCGGUGUUCGACAUCCUAGCAAAAGAGGACUCAUACCCCACCCUCGUGCACUGCACGCAAGGCAAAGAUCGAACGGGUCUCGUGGUCCUAAUGAUGCUAUUACUUGCCGGCGACGCGGUGCCCACUCCAGCCAUCGUCGAUGAUUACAGCCGUUCGGAACUCGAGCUGGUGCCGGAACUUGAAGAGCGCAUGAAAGAGAUCCGAGCCAUUGGUCUCGGGGAAGAUUAUACGAGAUGUCCGGCUGGGUUUGUUACGGAGACGACGGAGUAUCUGGAGAAGUUCGGUGGAGUGUGCGGGUAUCUGGAGAAGAUUGGGGUCGGGGUGGAGCAGCAGGAGAGCAUUCGGAGGAAGUUUUUGGCUUGA